AGACAGCAAGCUCACUAUGUUGCUUCGGGAGUCUUUGGGGAAUAUGAACUGCCGCACCACAAUGAUAGCUCACAUUUCAGCUGCUGCGGGGAACUACGCUGAGACGCUGUCCACCAUCCAGAUUGCAUCAAGGGUCCUCAGGAUGAAGAAAAAGAAAACUAAGUACACAUCAAGUUCUUCUGGAGGAGAGAGCUCUUGUGAGGAGGGCAGGAUGCGGAGGCCAACCCAGCUGAGGCCUUUCCAUUCUAGAAACACUGUUGACCCAGAUUUCCCUAUUUUACAUUUAUCAAGUGAUCCUGAUUAUUCAUCCAGCAGUGAGCAGUCAUGUGACACAGUGAUUUACGUUGGCCCCAAUGGCACGGCCCUUUCUGAUAAGGAACUGACAGAUAAUGAGGGUCCCCCUGACUUUGUUCCCAUAGUUCCUGCUCUGCAAAAGACGAAAAACGAGGGCAGGUUGGAAGAAGUUAGUGAAUCAGGGCCCAGCACAUCUGAAAGAGACUGCCUGAAGUGCAACACCUUUGCAGAGCUCCAGGAGAGGCUGGAUUGCAUAGAUGGCAGUGAAGAGACCGGCAAAUUUCCCUUUGAAGAGAUGCCUGCUCAAUUUAGCUCGGACCAGAUGUCUAAGUGCUCUGUCUCAACCCAGCUGGCAGAGCUUAGCCACUUACCAGACUCAGAUAAGGAAGAUACAAUGCCAGAAUGUCAGCAUCCUGAUAGAGAAGCCAAGGAAAAUACAAAUGCAACACCCAGCAAAACUAAGAGAAAUCACUCCCCUGUUCCUUCUGGAGCUCUUACAAAUGUUUCAACACCUUCUUCUCCCAGGAGUGUAACAGGCAGCUCUAGUAAAGAGCAUAGCUCUUGUCAGUUAGCACACAGCACCAGCUUGCAGAGCAGCAGAGAAAGUCUCAACACCUGUGGAUUUGUGGAAGGCAAACCUCGGCCAAUGGGUUCGCCCCGGCUUGGCAUUGCAAGCCUCUCAAAAACAUCUGAGUACAAGCCUCCAACUUCUCCUUCCCAGAGGUGCAAGGUCUAUACACAGAAAGGAGUCCUACCCAGCUCCACUCCCCCACCGGCUUCCCUGACUAAGGAUGCUGGAAUGAUGUCUAGUGAAUCUUUAUUGCAGACAGAAAUCCGGACCCCACCUGUAGGCAUGAGCCCUCAGAUCAUGAAGAAGCCAGUGUCCUCCAGCAGUGGGGAUUUUGAAGAGACCGUUCUUGAUGAAGAUGGGCAACAAAGCAUUUCUCCAGAAUCCAAGAAGGAGAUUCUGAGCACCACCAUGGUGACUGUGCAACAGCCAUUAGAGCUGAAUGGCGAGGAUGAGCUGGUGUUCACCCUUGUAGAAGAGCUAACCAUUAGUGGGGUCCUUGACAACGGGCGCCCAACCAGCAUCAUCAGUUUUAACAGUGACUGCUCUGUGCAGGCUUUGGCCUCUGGUUCUAGGCCAGUCAGUAUUAUCAGCAGCAUAUCUGAAGAUCUUGAAUGUUACUCCAGUGCAGCUCCUGUGUCUGAAGUCAGUAUCACACAGUUCCUUCCCCUUCCAAAGUUGGGCCUGGAUGACAAGUCCCAAGAUGAUGGCAGCAGGCGCUCAUCCAUCAGCUCAUGGUUGAGUGAAAUGAGCACAGGGAGUGAUGGUGAACAGUCAUGCCACAGUUUCAUAGCCCAGGCAUGCUAUGGGCAUGGGGAAGCAAUGGCAGAACCUCCUGUCUCCGAGUUUGCGAGCACCAUACAAAGUGCCAGCAUGAUUUGUGUAAGUGACAAACAAAAGCCAGUGACUGACAACAUGCUUAUACUGUCGGAAAUGGGGGAGGAAGCUUUCAGCAAAGUGCCACCCAUCAAAGGCUGUAAAAUAUCAGCUCUAGGGAAAACAACUGUCACAAUCAAAAACACUGCAGGCCUCAACAGCUGUGAAGGCUACAUCCCAAUGAAGACAAACAUUACUGUGUAUCCAUGUAUUGCUGUUAAUCCCUUCAAAGCACAAGACACUGAUGACACUGUACCGGCAGUAACUGCAGACCCAAAGGUUGCUCAUUCCCAUGAUGGGAAAGAAUCCAGUGCUAAGAAGGAUAUCAAAUUUGAAGACCCUUGGCUGAAGAGAGAAGAAGAUGUAAAAAACAAUAGCUCUGGGGUCAGUGAUGGGCUGAGGGCUGACAUGGCCACAGUUCCAGCCAAGCCUGAGCACAGCACAAAGCAGUCCUCAGUGGACAGGUUUAGCAGCAGCAGCAGCAGUGGGGAUGCCUCUAUCUCCCCAGGAUCUGACAGUCUAAAGAGGAUUGUGGAUGGGUGUGAGGUGACAGCGUCCGGCUCUGCAACCCAAAGCCCUGUUCAUUCGAGUGAUGGCCUGAAGAAUGGUAGCCUCCCUCGAGGGUUCCUCAGGGCAAGCAAGCCAGAGGAGCCUGACAGUCACCUCCAUCCUACUGCUACUGACAGUAGCGGAGUCAGCUCUCCUGCCCUCCCCCAGUUUUCUAAGGCUAGCCUCGACAAGAAAGUGGCCUCUCCCAAACACUGUGUCCUCACUCGUCCCAAAGGAACCCCUCCUCUGCCACCGGUAAGAAAGUCAAGCUUGGAUCAGAAGAACAGAGCCAGCCCCCAGCACAGCACAGCCAGCAGCACCACAAGCAGUCCCUCCAGCCAGCCCGGGUCCUUCUUGGCCAGCUUCCCUGAGGAGCUGAAUGCCAAACAGAAGGGCUCUGGCAUUGACAGCAGCAGCAACAACAGCAGCAGCAAGCUCUUCAGUGCCAAACUGGAGCAGCUCGCCAGCAGGACCAACUCCCUCGGGAGGUCUACAGGAAGCCACUAUGAAUGUUUGUCGCUGGAAAGAGCGGAAAGCCUGUCCUCUGUGAGCUCCAAAAUGAGCCCUGGCAAAGACACCACUAUGCCUAGGGCUGGAAGGAGCCUCAGCCGCAGUGUCAUGUCCUCACCCACCAACUCAGGCCUGUCCCAGUCCACAGGUGCCUCCCCAAAAGCCAGCCAGUCAAAGAUCUCUGCGGUCAGCAAGCUCCUGCUGGCAAGUCCCAAGGCCCGCAGCCUGUCUGCCUCUGCCACCAAAACGCUCAGCUUCUCGACCAAGUCUCUGCCUCAAUCUGUAGGGCAGAGCUCCAGUUUGCCUCCGAGUGGGAAGAACAUGUCCUGGUCAACACAGUCCCUCAGCAGAAACCGAGGCUCCAGCCUUGCUUCCAAAUUGCCCCUUCGGGCUGUCAACGGGAGGAUUUCAGAACUGCUCCAGGGCAGCACCAGUGCCAGGGGCUUACAGCCACGGGGAAGCUCGGAGGCAGAUGAGCGCGGGGGCCUUCCCGGGGAUGAGAAGCCAACUGUUCACAUGCUGCCCUCACCUUACAGCAAGAUCACCCCUCCUCGGAAACCUCACCGCUGCAGCAGUGGCCAUGGAAGUGACAACAGCAGUGUCCUGAGUGGGGAGCUGCCCCCUGCCAUGGGGAAAACUGCCCUCUUCUAUCACAGCGGGGGGAGCAGCGGCUAUGAGAGCAUGAUGAGGGACAGCGAGGCGACGGGCAGCGCAUCUUCAGCACAAGACUCCAUGAGCGAGAACAGCAGCUCUGCGAGUGGCAGGUGCCGAAGUCUCAAAACCCCAAAGAAACGAUCAAAUGCAGGUUCCCAGAGACGGAGACUUAUUCCAGCUUUAUCGCUUGAUACUGCUUCCCCAGCAAGGAAGCCUGCCAACAGCCCUGGGGUCCGCUGGGUGGAUGGGCCCCUGCGAAGUGGGCAGAGGGGGCUGGGGGAGCCCUUUGAGAUCAAAGUCUAUGAGAUAGAUGAUGUGGAGAGGCUCCAGCGGCGACGAGGAGGGGACAGCAAGGAGGUGAUAUGUUUCAAUGCCAAGCUGAAAAUCCUGGAGCAUCGCCAGCAGAGAAUUGCUGAGGUCAAGGCCAAGUACGAGUGGUUAAUGAGAGAACUGGAGGUGACCAAACAGUACCUGAUGCUGGAUCCUAAUAAAUGGCUCAGUGAAUUUGAUCUGGAGCAGGUGUUUGACUUAGAUUCUCUGGAAUACCUGGAAGCCCUGGAAUGUGUGACUGAGCGUUUGGAAAACCGUGUCAACUUCUGCAAGGCCCAUCUCAUGAUGAUUACAUGUUUUGACAUCACCUCUAGACGCCGAUAAAGAACGAACCUCAAGAGAAUAUCUAUGCCCAUUUCUGCCAUCCUCCUUUUCCCUUCUGAAUACCAUCCCAAAGACAACAGAAUGAGGACGAAGGUUGGAGUCAAGUCUCAACUGUGUGUAUGAGAGAUUUGCUUUACUAUACAGAAGAGUAGUAUUAAAAAAAAAAACAAAAAAAACCCAGGAUGAGCAUGAAAAAAGGAGAUAUAAGGUUGUUAGCCUAAAAGAGCACUUUGAGGAACCGUUAAGGACAUGUCUGUAAAUAAGGACUGCUGGCAGAAGACACUUCUUUCCCUGCAUUAGCUGAGGGAGAAGGAAAGGUGGUUGUAGGACUUCCAUUGAGAGGUUCAUUAAAAGAAAACCUAUCCAGAAAAACUGUUUAAGUGCCUUGCAAAUCUUUAUUAUCCAAACAUUUAUGUUCAUACUUUAUUGUGUACAGAUGGUGCUAGUCAAGAAAAGAAAAAAGAAAAAAACAAACACACUUUUGAAAUGUAUUUACAGCUUGUUUUUCUCUUGGUGUUUUCUUCUAUUUCAGACUUGCUGUUUCUAAGUAACUUGUGUUUGUAGAGAUAUUUCCUGAUCAGUACAACAUAUGAAUAAGUGU